AUGGAGAAAGGCCUCUCUGAUCCAGCUAAAGGAGAAAAUGAAGAUGGCGAGAUGCAGCUCAAAAAAACCAUUGGCUAUUUGGGAGGGGUUAGCUUUAUAAUGGGCACAAUUGUAGGAGCAGGGAUCUUCGUAUCCCCUACAGGAGUGCUGAAAUACUCUUUGCUCAAUGUUGGAGUUGCAUUGAUCAUCUGGACUAUCUGUGGCAUCAUAUCUCUGAUGGGUGCUCUCUGUUAUGCAGAGCUAGGCACUGCUUUACCAUUGUCAGGAGGAGAAUACAGCCACAUAAAGAGAGCCCUUGGCUCUCCUCUUGCUUUCAUUUUUAUAUGGACAGCAGUGUUCAAUAAACCAGCAUCAAAUGCUGCUCGGGCCUUACUGUUUGCUGAAUAUGCAAUCCAGCCUUUCUAUGGUGAGUGUCCGGCUCCAGAAAUCUUGAAGAAAUGUUUAGCUCUGGCUGUUCUCUGGUUUCUUGGGAUCCUCAACGGUCGAAGUGUCAAGAUGGCUACUUGGGUGCAGACUGUUUUUACUAUACUGAAAAUGAUGGCUUUGUCUGUAAUUGCAAUUACUGGGAUUGUCCUACUGAUAAGAGGGAAGAAAGAAAACACAGCAAGAUUUGAGAGUGCUUUCAGUGGAGAUAUUCCAGAUGCUGCUCAGAUCGCAGAAGCCUUUUUCCAAGGACUAUAUGCAUAUGGUGGCUGGUGGUCUCUCAAUUAUAUGGCAGAGGAGGUGAAAAACCCAAGCAAAAAUAUUCCCUGGACGGUGAUGACUGCACUUCCUUCAGUAACUGUGUUUUACUUGCUGGUAAAUGUUUCAUACCUGACAGUUCUCACACCCAAGGAAAUGGUCUCCUCAGUUGCUGUAGCAGUCACCUGGGCUGACAGAGUGAUCCCUUCAGUUGCAUGGAUUAUUCCUGUCUCUGUGGCUAUUUCAAUAUUUGGUGCCCUUAACAGCAGCGUGUUUACACUUGGACGAUUAAGCUAUGCUGGGAGUCAGUCUGGACAUUUGCCUGCUAUAAUAUCCAUGCUUAAUGUCCACUAUUGGACUCCAGCACCAGCCAUGAUUUUCUCAACUGUUACUGCAUCCAUUUUCAUUAUCCCAUCAGACCUAAUUGCUUUAACUAACUAUUUUGGAUUCUCUCUCUGGCUCAUGAUUGGAUUUACGUGUGCUAGCCUGAUUGUCCUCCGGUACCGAGAACCUAAUCUACACAGGCCAUACAAGGUUUUUUUACCAGUUGCUUAUGGAAUGGUAGCAGUUUCUCUGUUCUUAGUUUGUGCUCCUAUAGUCUGGUCUCCAAAGGUGCAGUACAUAUAUGCAUUCCUUUUCGUGCUUGGGGGUCUUCUCUUAUAUCUUCCUUUUGUACAUUUUAAAAUACAUUUUGAAUUUGUUGACAAAAUCACAUGCUAUCUGCAGUUGUUGCUGGAAGUUUCACAUGCUAAUUGCAAAUGUGAAUAAUGACUGAUAUUUACAUUCUGCAUUUAUUUUAAAAGGCAUCUCUUUAAAUUAUGGAUUAUCAGUAUCCAUAAAGCUAAGGGAAGUAUAGCAAAGUGUUUAAAAAAUCCCACAGGAGGUAAAUAUUUUUAAAUGAGCACAUUCCACAGUAUUUUUCUACAUUCUUCACUCUCCGUUUCAUAUGUUGAAUGUUUGAAAAUAGUUUGCCAAAUAUACAUUUUAAAUAUACUUAAAAGGCCAGUGCCCUCAGAUAUAUUUUGCCCCACAAAGGUGAAAGUAUUAAUUACUAUGGUCAAUUUUAUAUUCAUGCUGUUACCUGCUCUGAGCUGUGCGGCUAAAGCAGGCUAAAUACUGGCUUAGGUCAGGCUUCACACAAAAGCCUGGUUUAAUUAAAUUCACAAUAUUUAGUGUAAUUGUAUGAACAUAGGCCAUUCCACGAACCAGGAUUAUUAGCGACAGUUAAUCUCAGCUAUGGAUUUGUGUGAUGUCUGAAUGCAGACAUCCUGUCUUAAUCCUGGUUUAAUCCUGACUUGUUCUUUGGUGACACCCUGAUACAGAGGGAAGGAAAUUAAACCAACAUUUAUUGAGGCAAACCAAGAUUUGAGUGAUCUGUGAGCCGAAUCCUGGUUUUACUAUCUAACUGUAAACCAUGGUUUGUAUUACGACUGAACUAAGCCAGAGUUAUGCAUAAUUGAAAAAUAAAUGUAAAUUGUAAGUUCCUUGAGUCAGGGAUGCAUCUUUUGUUUUGUUUUGCAGUUUUACUCUGCAAAAUGCCAUAUUAAUUGAUGGCACUAUACAAACCAAUAAAUAAGAAAUAAUCAUAGUCUUAAUUAAUCCAA